CUGCGUCCAAAGGUGGCAGCAUCUUCCUUUUCCUUUCGUUGGCACUUCCUUUCGCUUUCUUCUCAUUUCGUGUUGAGCACAAAAACCAAAACGGGCAUCAAGCUAGCUAGCUACACAGCAACCAACUCAAUCAAAGAAACAAGCAACAAACAAGCAAGAAAGAAAGAAAGAAGAAGAGCAAGAUGAUGUCUUACGUAGACGAAGACAGCAGCACCCUUGCCAAGAUUUUACUCUUGGCCUAUGUGAUUGUCUCGCUGAUUCUCUGUGGCGGCAGUGUAUUUGGGUUUACCGCCCUCAAGGAAGUGUUCUUGGAUGAAGGUGUCUACGAAGAUCUCUGCUACGAGAAUACUAAUACGAAUGGGACUACUACCGAAGUCUUUGUUCCCUGCGAAGACCAAUUGCAAAAACUGGAUCAAAUGUUCACAUUGGCCGCCAGUUUGUUUUCCGCCUAUCUCAUGCCCGCCGGAUUGUGUCUGCGAUUUCUAGGACCACGGGUUUGUUUUCUCGCAGGAUUUGCCUUUGUCACGACGGGAAGUUGGAUCUUUGCCAAGGCAUCGGCCGAAUACUUUACCAUGGCAUACAUCUUGAUUGGCACGGGAAAUCCACUCCUCUACAUUGCCGCCUUUAACUUUGGCAAAAUCUACCCCCAAUCCUCCAAUUUGCUACUCAGUAUCUUUAUUGGGUGCUUUGGAUUCUCUUCCGUGGUAUUUUACAUGUUUCAUGUCUUGCAUUUUGACUUUGGAUGGUCGUCACAAGAACUCUUUGAAGGAUUUUCCUUUUUGCCCGUGGCACUGGGUGUCGUGGGAUUCUUUGUCUUGCCUCCCGAUCCGUACCAUAUUCAACGAGAAAAAUCAUCCAAACUAAGUGAUGCCGAUUCCGCUGUCGCCUUUGCCAAAGUCUCACGAAAGGAUGCCGACGAAUCCAGCACUGUCACGGAAACCACGCCCUUGGUGUCCUCACCAUCUCCUUCGACCAAAACGGCCGACGUGGAAACCGCGGCUCAUCAGGAUACUGAUACUGGAGACGUUGUUCCACUCAAAGAUCGCUCCAUUGCGCAACAGUUGCAAUCUCCCCAAUUCUUGGCCCAGACACUCUUCUUUUGUUGGGGCAUGCUGCAGCAAAAUUUCUAUCUGGGCACCAUCGGGGACCAAAUCUACAUGAUGGCCGGUGACGACCCAACGUUGCUCGAAGAAACUGCCACCAUCUUGACCAACUUUGCUCUCUUGUAUCCCAUUGGUUGCAUUGUGGCCAUUCUACCCGUCGGUGCUUUAGUUCGGAAUUGUUCCGUGUCGACCAGUCUCUUUGUCUACACGGCCGCCAAUCUCCUCUUUUCGACGUUGACACUCAUGCCCAGUGUCCCGCUGCAGUGGGUCACAUCCGAGUUGUACGUCUUUGUCCGUGUCGGAUUCUUUACCGUCAUGAGUACCUACUCGGCGACCAUUUUUGGAUUCAAGAAUCUCAGUACCAUGUUUGGAUUUGCGGGGUGCUUUGCCGGGCUGUGCUCGUUGUUGGGAACCUUUUUGAGUGAUCGUGCGCUCCAUGUCGAUCAUAGUUUCUUCCCCGUCAAUUGUUUGUUGCUGGCGGGAGCCUUGCUCAGUUUUGCCUUUCCCACCGUCAUUUACGUUUUGAAAUGGCAAGAAGAGGCGGCGUCCCACAAGUGA